AUGUCACGCAUCGAGGGAAUGACGGUCCAGGGAGUCCGUUCCUUCAAACCCCUGUUCCGUGAAUCCAUCACCUUCAACGGCCCGCUCACUCUGAUCGUCGGGUACAACGGCUCGGGCAAGACAACCAUUAUUGAGUGUCUCAAGUAUGCUACAACGGGCCAGCUGCCACCCAACAGCAAAAAUGGCGCCGCCUUCGUAUACGAUCCCGAACUAGACAAGGAGAAAGUUGUCCCGGGUUGCGUAGUUCUCAAGUUCAGAGGACUAGAUGGGGCGAGAUACGUCGUCAACCGCCAUUUCAAAGUCACCUUGACGAAAGCUGGACAACGCAAAUUCCAGACCCUCGAGACUACGGUUCGAGAGCAAGCCUCCAACGGAGAGAAAUCAACAAGCUCUUCCAAGGUUGGUCAUGUCGAUAGCAUGGUGCCCACUUACCUGGGAGUGGCACCUGCCAUCCUUGAGUCUGUCAUCUUCUGCCACCAGGACGACUCACUCUGGCCAAUGAGCGAGCCAUCUGCCCUGAAGAAGAAAUUCGACGAAAUCUUUGACGCCCAGAAAUACUCCAAGGCCAUCGACCAACUGAAGGUAGUUCGGAAGAAACAGGCCGAGAAGCUUCGUAAUCUCCAGGUCCAUCACAUGCACAAUGAGGAGAACAAGAACAAAGGUCAGAAAAAUCUGAGGCUCUGCCAGAAGCUGACCGAGGAGAUUGAGGAAUACCGUGAGAAGGUCAAUGCCAUCGAGAAAGAAGUGGCCGAACUUCGGCAGAAAGAGAGGGAGUCGCGUGAGGAGGCGAACAACUUUUUGGGUAUCAUGAACGACCUCAAGUACAACAGGGACCAGUACGAAUUCAGGCGCAACAACGUCGACGAGCUUCGCGAGUCCAUCGACAUGUUGACUGAGGGUGAUGAUGAACUCCGGAGAUCCCUUGAGCAAUAUGAGGACCGCCUCGGACAACUGCAAGCUGAUAUUGACCAGAAGUCCUCGGAUUAUCGAAGCUUACAGGGCGAGAUCAACAAGGCCGAGAACAACUUGAAUCUGAAGCUCGGGGAAAAGGGCAGGCUUCAGUCAGACAAGGACAAGUAUGAACGCCAGCUGCACACCCGCGUUGAGAUGAUCCAGGCUGCAGCACGGACCCACGAGAUACGAGGAUUUGAUGGCGAUCUGGAUGAUGAUCAGAUACGACGCUUCAACGGCAAGAUCCACGGCAUCUUCAACAGCAAGAAGAAGGAGCACGAGCAGCUGCAGGGCCGAGUGUCGCACGAGGCGGACGCGGCGAACAAAGGCAUUUCGGAGAUGGAGAAUGACAAGAACGCCAAAACCUCAGAGAGGGCAUUUGCGAAACAGAAGAAAGCUGAGAAUGAUCGCAAGGUUAAGCGUUUUCAGACGGAGAUGGACUCGGUGAAAUGCGACGAAGUUCUCGUCGAUCGUCUCGAAAGUGACAGGGUUUCGCUGAACGACCGUUACCAACAAGCUCUGGCCGGACUUGCCAGCAAUGACUGGGACGAGAAAAUACGAGAGACGCAGAAAGAAUUGCGCGAGCUGGAGCAGCAGGGCGAUGACCUGAACAGCGAGCUCGUCAACUGCACUCGGCUGGCCUCUGAGCUUGCUCAAUUGGAUCUGCGCAAGACAGAAGCCCAAGACCGUGAGGCAAGCCUGAACAAUCUGACCACGCGUUGGAGCAAGAUGCUCGGUGAGCAGGUGCGCCUUGGUUGGGAGCACGGGUCCCUCGAGGCCGAUUUCAAAGCGGAAUUAAGCGGGAAGACUGCCAUUCUGAACGAGAAGAAGGAAGCUUGUGACCAGCUGCAGCAAAAGCUUAAGCAAGUGGACUACAAGCUCUCCGAAGCCACCAAGCAGCACCAGAAGUUGACGGACAACAAGACGGGCAGUGAGACAGCUGUGUUGGAUGUCCUCAAGGAAACGGCAGAAGAUCCAUCGGCAAUCUCCAUUGAUGCGUACAAUGAAGAACUCGAAGAUCUGGAAGCGAACAAGAUGGAACUCGAGAAGGAUCUGAGCUUGUUUGAUCAUAUGAAGUCGUAUUGGACCCAGGCGCAGACUUGCUUGCAAACGAAAAAUAAGUGCCACAUGUGCGAUCGUGCCUUUGACGAGGACCGCGCCAAGUCGAAACUUGUGGCGAAGAUCACCAAACAUCUCAACGAUGAAUCAAAGGCGGAACUGGAGCAGGAAUUCCGUGACGUCGACAAGAAGCUGGAGCGUUUGCGGUCAGUCCGUCCAAAACAUGAUGCCGCCCUCCGGCUAGCUAAAGAGCUGCCGGCAAGUGAGAAGGCGAUUGACGAGGCCAAGGGAGAGAGGGACGAAGUCUUGGGAAAGCUCGAGGUAGCAGACAAGCACCGGAGAGAAGCAAGCGAAAAGUUGGAGUCGCUGCAAUCUGUCUCUAGCGUCGUCUCUGAAAUCACUCAGCUUUUUAGGGCAAUCACAGAUGCAAAGGAGCAGAUUGAGCAACUGGAAAGGUCUCAGAGGCAGUCUGGCGGAUCGACACGCACUCCCGGAGAGGUGGAUGAAGCUCGGGCGAUCUGCACAGAAGAGACGCGGAAAGUCAAGAAGCGACUUGACAACAUGUCUGCGGACAGGCAACGAAGCCGUGAUCUCGUCAGCCACCUCGAGCUCGAGAGCAGCAAGCUUGAUGGCAAGAUUGCUCAAGCGAGGCAGCUUAUGGACAAAAAGCAGGGGCUUCUCGCUGACCUUCAGCCAAAGAUCGAUGCUGCGAGGGCACAGCGUGACGAUGCUCUUGUAGCGGGGCGUAAGAAGGCAGAGAAGGCAGCCGAGGAACGCGAUACUGUUGCACGCACUCUCAAUCAACUAAAGAUCAUCGAGGAUGACAUACAAGACUACGUGGAUCGCGGCGGAGAAUCCAGUCUGGCUUCGGUCGAGCGAUCCAUCCACAACUUCCAGCAGUUGCUCACCCGCCUCAAAGGCGAGAUGGAGGAACUCAUGAAACACAUCAAUUCGCUGAAAGAGGAGCUGUCGCAAGGCGAUUGGAACAAAAAGAACAUCAGAGACAACCUCAAGUUCCGAGAGAACGAGGCUGCCCUCGGGAAAUUGGCCGAGAAGAUCGAACGUCUGCAGUCCGAAGAUGCAGAGAAUGACUAUGACCGUCUCAUCGCUGAAGCCAAGAAACAUGAAAAGAGAAUCAGCGUUCUCACAGCCGACAGGAGUGAACUGAUUGGGAAGAGUAGGGCCACAGACAACAAUUUGAACCAGCAGAUCGAGCUCUACGACCAGGAAUACAAGGGCGCCGAGGAGAAAUUUGCAAAAUCUAGCAUCGAUUUGCAAACGACCAAAGGCGCCAUUGCUGAUCUGGCCACGUUUGGCGAUUCGCUUGACAAGGCCAUCAUGCAAUUCCACUCCAUCAAAAUGGAAGAGAUCAACCGCAUCGCGGGUGAUCUGUGGCGCGCCACGUACCAAGGCACCGACGUUGACACAAUUGCCAUCCGCUCCGAGAAAGACACCCCGGCGUCAAACAGCACGCGGCGGAGCUACAACUACCGCGUCAUCAUGGUCAAGCGGGACACGGAGAUGGACAUGCGGGGACGCUGCUCGGCGGGGCAAAAGGUGCUGGCCAGCAUCAUCAUCCGGCUGGCGCUGGCCGAGUCGUUCGGGGUCAAUUGCGGCGUCAUCGCGCUGGACGAGCCGACGACCAACCUGGACAGCGACAACAUCCAGUCGCUGGCGCAGAGCCUGCACGGCAUCAUCAGGGCGCGCCAGGCGCAGGCCAACUUCCAGCUCAUCGUCAUCACGCACGACGAGGAGUUCCUGCGGUACAUGCGGUGCUCUGACUUUUGCGACUCCUUCUUCCGUGUCAGGCGUGACGAGAACCAGUGCAGUACCAUCACCAAGGAGAAUAUCACCAUGAUCACCGAGUAG